UCCUAUGUGCUUGCUUGCUUCCUCUCUUCUUUGUCCACUGCUGCAUUCCCUUCUUCCUGGCUGUCGUUCUGUUUGCUUCUGGGAAUUGCAGGAGGGUUGUCCGUUUUCAGUUUGGGAAUUGUAAUUUUUGAGGCUUCUGGUUCUUCCUUGCACACCUCGGUUUAGCGGUGCUGGAUCCCACUGGGGAAGCAGGGGGGCUGAUCUGAACCUAGUCAGGCAGUUCCUGUAUUUUCAGCUGAGCUAAUAUCAACCUGAGUAUAAACCCAGAGGCCUGAGCCAAGUAUUUCACAGCACUGCCAGAGUCCUGUGCACAAGACUGCAAGAGGGGGAGACGCAGGCUUGCAGUUUCCAGUUCUUUGUCUGCUAUAUAGCUGGAGAAUCCUUUGGCUAUGUAUGGUGUAUAUUGUAUGGAUUACCAGUACCCUGUUGUUCAGGGUAACCAGGAGCCGACAGCCACUCCUGACACAAUGGUCCAGCCAUUCACCACAAUCCCAUUCCCACCUCCCCCACAGAAUGGGAUCCCCACAGAGUAUGGGGUACCCCACACUCAGGACUAUGCAGGCCAGACCAGCGAGCACAAUCUGACAAUCUAUGGCAGUACACAGGCGCAUGGGGAGCAGAACACGAAUUCAGCUACCACACAGAAUGGAUCUCUUACGCAGACAGAAGGAGGGGCACAGACGGAUGGCCAGCAGUCACAGACACAAAGCGGUGAGAAUACUGAGAGCAAGUCUACUCCGAAGCGGCUGCACGUCUCCAAUAUUCCAUUCCGCUUUCGGGAUCCUGACCUCCGGCAGAUGUUUGGGCAAUUUGGCAAAAUUCUUGAUGUAGAGAUAAUCUUUAAUGAACGUGGCUCUAAGGGAUUCGGGUUCGUAACUUUCGAGAAUAGUGCUGAUGCAGACAGGGCCAGGGAGAAAUUACACGGCACCGUGGUAGAGGGCCGUAAAAUCGAGGUUAAUAAUGCUACAGCACGAGUGAUGACUAAUAAGAAGAUGGUUACACCAUACGCAAAUGGAUGGAAGCUAAGCCCUGUGGUUGGAGCAGUGUACGGCCCUGAAUUAUACGCAGCAUCCAGUUUUCAAGCAGAUGUCUCGCUGGGCAAUGACGCUGCAGUGCCCCUGUCAGGAAGGGGGGGUAUUAACACUUACAUUCCUUUAAUCAUUCCCGGCUUCCCUUACCCAACUGCAGCCACUACAGCCGCCGCUUUCAGGGGAGCUCAUCUGAGGGGUCGAGGACGAACAGUGUAUGGUGCAGUGCGGGCAGUACCUCCGACAGCCAUCCCAGCUUACCCAGGAAUAGUCUUACAGGAACCAAUCAUUAGCGCUAAAAUACCUCAGGGUGGAUAUGCAGCCUACAGAUAUGCACAGCCUGCUACCGCAACAGCAGCCACUGCCGCUGCAGCCGCUGCAGCCGCUUACAGCGAUGGCUAUGGCAGGGUGUACACAGCAGACCCUUACCACGCCCUUGCCCCUGCCGCUAGCUAUGGAGUUGGUGCUGUGGCAAGUUUAUAUCGAGGCGGCUACAGCCGGUUCGCCCCCUACUGAAGUGACGUGACCCCCCCUGCAAGUGGGACAGCCCCCCAGUUCAUGAGGCCUGGCUAUUGCAAUAUUUACUAGUAGAGGAACUCUAUAGCAAGAAGAGGAGGAAAAACAAAAGAAAAAAGAGAAAAACAAGAGAAAUACUUUUUUAU